UCAACAAUGGAAGAUCAUUGUAAACUGUUCUGGAAGGAAUUUCUAUGAUCCAACAAGUGAAAAUUUCAUGCCGAGAAUGCUGGGAAUUAACCCACGUAAAUGCAUGACCAUUUUUCAGCCAACUGUGCCUACAGAUGUUCGCCCAUGUUUGCAUGUUCUGAACAGUUGCAAAUCCAAGUGUAGAAAUGACGCGGUGAAACAACAAUGCAUGAAAGGAGCAUAUGAUCCCCAAUUGGCCACUUUUUUCUAUGUGAGAAAUACAUACUGCAUACAUUGCAAUGGACACAAUAAAAACUGUACUGGCAAAACAGUAGAAAAGAACAGUAACGUACUCGCUUUCUUCACAUAUUCAAUCCUGUUAAAAGAGGGGCCUGAUGAUAGUCUAAAUAUUGAAAUAGCCCCAGUUGCCAGAUUGGCUGGAAUUCAAACAAGUUUCAAUAUACAAAAUAAAGAGACACGUAUCACUAAAUGUUCGCCACCAUAUUUGUACCACAAUGGCACGUGUGUUCUCAAGGACACCAUGGUGAUUGAAGUGAUGUGCCUUAUCUGUUUUAUUAACAGCGACUGUAUCGAUGAUGUUAUCAAUCUUAUAUGGAAGGCAUUUGACAAUAUCUUUGGUAUUGUCCAGAGUAAAUGCAAAGGUUUUUGGUGCGGCAUUAACAAUUUCUAUGUUGCUUAUAUUAACCAAACUUUGGACUGGGAGACAGUGUUAGAAAAAAGCGAGAAAAAACUAAUGGACACAUUACCUAAAGGAACAUUUGAUCCAAGUAGAAGCCAUUGUACUUUUAUCAAAGUCUUGAAUGGAACUGAAUUGCAAGGUGAAACAACAUCUGAGCUCAGUACGGCAAAUGCAACGCCAUCUAUACCUGGGCUCAGCAUGGCUAACAUUGCGACAACCAGCAGCAUUCACGUUUUACAAACUGCCUUUCUGAUUGCUCAGGUAGCUUUUGGAAGUUAUUGUUAUUGGUAGUAUAAUGAAACAAUUCUCUCUAUUUAGAUUUUAGAAUUAUGUUGGCGAAUUUAUCUUUGUUUAACCCUGUUGAUAACAUCAAUUAGUUUUCAUUCUCAGCAAUGGAUUAGGAAAAAAUUGCCUUUUGAGCAAUUAAUAUGAAAUGGUAAAUUUUGGCAAUCCUGUUUUUUGAAUACUAGUCUCGAACACUGGCUCAUUCUUUGUCAUGCUUGUUCAAAGUUAACAGUUUGAAUAAAUUGGAAAGAUUAAGCCUAGUAACUGGUAAUUGGUAAUCUAUGAAAAGGGCACCAAGUGUUAC